AUGUUUGGCUCGGGCUUCGGAAGUUCACAACAACAGCAGAACCCUCAACAGCAACAACCGCAAACGUCGUUGUUUGGGGGUGGUAACACCGGGUUUGGAACCUUUGGUGCACCUUCGUCAGCACCUGGGACAGGAGGGUUUGGUGCUGGUGGCGGGUUUGGAACAGCCCCUAGCACUAGUUCAAGUACGACGCCUUCAUUCGGUUUUGGUGCAGCGAGUACACCACAACCUACUGGUGGUAGUUUAUUUGGCAGCGGAAAUACAUUUGGAACGUUAGGAGGUACCCCAUCAACAGCAGUCGUUCCUGCUACAGGAACAGCUAAUCCUCCAUACACUUCGACCACUGAAAAAGAUGCACCGGCGGGCGUUACAAAUCAUUUUCAUAGUAUAAGUGCCAUGGCUGCAUAUAAAAACUUCUCAUUUGAUGUAAGAGUUAGUGCUUUCGGUGCUACUCCUACAACAUCCACAACAUCGGGCGGCUUUGGUUCGUCAACAACCACUCCAGCAUUUGGUGCUUCUACCACUACCACUACGCCGGCAUUUGGAGCCUCCACUACCACACCUGCAUUUGGAGCUGGCACUGGUUUCGGUGCUUCAAGCACAACAACAGGCUUUGGUGCUAAACCGGCUACUACAGGAUUUGGAGGCUUUGGUGGUACAAAUACAACAUUUGGAUCGACAGGCACUACCGGAACUACAAGUGGAGGUUUAUUUGGUAGUACGCAACCAAAACCUGCUACAGGAUUCGGUAAUGCGAGUACUGGCACCACAGGAUUUGGCACUCUUGGUAGUGGUGGGCUUUCCACUGGAUUAGGUACGAGUACUACUCAACCAACAGUAGGAACAAGCGGAACUGGUAAUUUCUUUGGUUCAGCAUCUACAACUGGAGGAACUUCAUCAUUAUUUGGAAACAAACCUGCAGCGACAACAUCAAAUACUCUCACUGCGAGUCCUUUCACACAGCCAUCUACCACCACUGGAACAGGCACUGGCUUCGGAACUGGUUUCGGUGGAUUUGGAGCCCAAAAACCUGCUACUGGCGGAUUAUUUUCAACUACACCUUCGACAUCUGGUAACGUAUUUGGUGGUUUUGCUACUAAUGCACAAACAACAACAGGGGCUGGUACUAGUACCGGAACUGGGUUUACAGGUUUCGGGAAUGCUGCACCUAAACCUCCAACCUUUGGUGGUCUCGGUACUCAAACAGGUGGUACAACCGGCCAAACGACAACUGCACCUGCAACUGGUGGUCUUUUCUCCAACUUAGGCAGUACUCAGCAGCCAUCAACAACCAACACCAUGAACACCACCGGCACAACAGGAGGCUCAGGUUUUACAGGUUUCAGUUUUGGUUCUAAUAAACCUGCCACUGCUAGCACACCAGGAUUCAGCUUAUCAACACCCGCACCUGCUGGUGGUACUGGGUCGACGUUCUCACUGACUGGCACGACUAGUGGUGCACAACCAGGAACUACUCAAGCUGGUACUUUCACACUUCAACCCCCAAAAACAACUGGUGUUGGUAGUAGUGUUGAACAAACUCCAUACGGUACAUUGUCAAUAUUUAAUGCAGCAACGCCAACAGGGACUACAGCAGCGGCCGCUGUAACGCCUGCACCAUCUGGAACACCAAUUUCCACUAUUCGCAAGAAACCUACAACUCCCCAUUAUAAGCAUUCACCGCAGCCUGCGUCUAGACUUAAACCUCGAGUUUAUACACCUGCUACACAUGGAACUCUAACAACUCCAAUUACUAAAACCCCUCUUCAUAUUUUCGAAGGAUUGAAUAAGCAUGAGGCAUUAAAGCCAGAUGCUUUUGUACGUAAACCGAAAGGCUUAGUCAUUGAUAAUAACAAAGUACCCGAGAUUGGAUUAAUGAGCGCAUCGAAAGCUGAUGAGACGACGACAAUUGAAACUACUACAAAUGGAUCAGGAAUUUCAAGAAGUGAAUUUAAAACACCAGAGCCUAAAGCUGGCCCAUCGAAAUCUCCAUUUGAAACUGGAUUUGACUUAUUUAAACACAAUCAAAUAAUUGGCAAAUUGGGUGAAACGUCAAAAACUUCUUCACCAUUUAAAACUCCAACACACACUCCCGUAAAAACACCUAAUCCUAGAUUACUUUCACAACAAACCCCCGAUCAAUUUUUAUCUGAGCCAUCGACACCUUCACCUAUUGUCUCACGAAAAAAUGGUAUCUCGCAAAAUGGAAAGGCAAGAGCAGAAGAAUCAUCAUCAUCCUCACGAGGUGAUGGCUAUUGGAUGAGUCCGUCACUAGAUGAAUUAAAAUCUAUGGAUAAGGAAGACAUAAAACAUGUCAGUCAUUUUCAAGUUGGAAGAAGUGGCCACGGUCAAGUUUCUUUCGAUGAUGAAGUUGAUCUUAGUUCAAUACCACUUGAACAAAUUCCAGGGAAAAUAGUGCAAUUUGUUAAUCGAACCUGUAUAGUAUAUCAGGAUGGAUGCGGAGUAACUAAACCCCCAGUAGGUCAAGGACUUAAUCGCCCGGCUAAAAUAACAAUUCAGGGAUGUUGGGCUUUGGAUAAAAGUACUCGGAAGCCAAUCACUGAUCCGAAUGAUCCAAGAUUUAGACAGCGAAUUAAUAGACUUAAAGCAACUCCUGAGACUACAUUUAUUGACUUCUUUGCGGAUACUGGUUCUUGGCUUUUCCAUGUUCGUCAUUUUAGCAAGUAUGGCUUGGAAUUAGAUAGCGAAGAGGACGAAUAUGAAGAACGUGAAUUCAAACCACAUCAUGCUACACCAACUUCUCAAAUCAGAAAUGAUGAAAAUACUCCCUUUUCUACACCAUCAUCUAAUAGUAAAGAUGCAUCCAAAAAGACAACCACGCCAGCGAAAGCAUUUUCCGAAACUUUACGCUUGGAUCCCAAUCGAGUUUUUCAAAUGACCAAUACACUGUUUCCGAGUUCGAGUGACAAACAGAAUGUUAUCGCAACCUCUGACUUUUAUAGUCCGAGUCCCAAUACACGUGGAAAAAGAAAUAUUGACACGAGUCUCGAAAUGGAAAUCGAACCAGUGCCAGAUUUGGGUGAGAAGGUGGAGUCCCGAAAAUCAUUCGUGACAAUACCACCACCUAUUCCGCAAACGCAGUUCAUUUUUCGGGGUAGACCAGCAAAGUUUCGACGAAUAAAUUAUUCUGAAUCAAUAUCAUACCAAAAAGAUGGACUAGUAGCAGACGCAGGACUCGCAAUGUCAAGAUCUUUUCGAGUGGGAUGGGGUCCUAACGGCACAUUUGUACAUUGUGGUACUGUUUGUGGAAUAAAUACAGUUAAAUGGAGGAAAGAUUCAUCACUAUUAUUGAAGGAGACUGAAACUGGAUUACCAACUACCAUAUAUUUCGAAAAGUUAAAAAUGUUUGCUGAUCCCGAUGAGGAGCGGGAAAAAUCACGUCACAUUCAAAUGUUGAAGUCGCUUUUACAAAACUCAACGAUUUCUCGUGAUAAAAAUGGAAUACCAUAUGUCAGCACUAACUCUAAUCAUACGUAUUCGGUUUUCGCGAAAGUAACAAAAAAUAGUAAAGUGUUUACUGAUCACGAAAGGUCUCUUUGGAGAUUGGCGCAAAUUUUAUUCGAUGAUCUUGAUCUUGAUAAGUUCAAAAAAUUUGAGGAUGAUCCAGAUCGGAAAGAAGUAGAACUUCAGAAAUACCGUAAAAAAGGGAUAUCAGAAUGGCUGGAGGCGAUUGUCAAAAAAAAGGCUGAAACACAUGUUAAUGAAUGUAUUGCCAAACAAAACACAUAUGGGACAAUUAUUGCCCAUCUUAGUCAACAUCAAAUAGGACAAGCUGCGCUUAAGGCAGUGCAAAAUCAUGAUUUACAUUUGGCUACGUUAAUCCCACAAUUGUUAUCAUGUGAUCCCCAAUUUAGAUAUCUUAUUGAACAACAACUUAAUCAUUGGGAAGCUACCGGUGUGGUUAAUUAUAUAUCGAAUGACUAUUGGAUUGUUUAUCAGAUUUUAGCUAGCCAUAUCUUGGAGGUAAAUGUGAGCCAAAAAUUGGAUUGGAAAAGAUCACUAGCCAUGCACGUAUGGUACGGGUUACCAAUUGAAACUGAAUUUAAGGAAGUAUUUGAACAAUAUGAUGAUUCAUUUCAAAAGGAAGAAGAACUUUCUUCCCCGAUUGUCUGGUACAAUGAAGAAAAAAGUAACGAAAGGCUUUUAACUUGGAAAAAUCUUUCUUCUGACACUAAUGAUCAACAACAGAAGGUCUACGAUGUUUUAUAUCAUCUACUCAAGCUUUUCGUUGAACCUGCUUAUCCUCUUGAGGAUAUAUUGUUUCCGCAAUCUAUAACCCCGUCUCCAAUCGAUUAUCGUGUAUCUUGGUUCCUUCAACUCUUGUUAACACGUUCUACUGAAGAAGAUGAUGACACAUUAGGAAAUGAGACUUUGUUUAACUCUGUGACUUGUAGUUUCAUGUCGCAGCUUGAACGAUUAGGAUUAUGGGAGUGGGCAUUAUUUGUAGGCUUACAUUUCAAAGAUGGAAAGAUUCGAGAACGCAUAAUUAAAGAUCUAUUAACGCGUUAUUGGCCAUUAACGAAGAAAGAUCGAAAAGAUUCAGAUGAUUCUGCGGUGACAGAAAUCCACGAUUUCUUGAUUAAUCGUUUGAAAUUGAAUGAGAACGAUAUUGCCAUGGCUAAGGUUAUUGAAGCUAAAUACCAUGGAAAUAUUUAUAUGGAAGCUAAGCAUUGUUUGGAAGUUGGUUUAUAUGCGAUAGGGCAUGAUCUGAUUAUAAAGGAAUUUGCGCCUGAAGCAAUACUUCACGAAAAAUACGGAAUUCUUUAUGAAUUCCUUGAACAAAUUGAUUCGUCAGCAGUGCCCAAUUGGAUUUCUGGUGGAGCGUUAUAUAUGAACAUAAUUGAUCUGAUAAAUGACUUCGUUGAAAAAUUACCCGAGGUUGGAAUUCAAGAAAUUGAUAAGGAUGAACUUAAUAGGCUCUGUCAUGAAAUAUUAAAUGUGCUUGAGACUAUACAGCCAGAGAAUCGGCUACAAGAACGUUGCUUCGCAUCUGUAGAGAUGAAGGCACAGGAAAUGCUAAAAACUCUUGAUAAAGCACUGCGUCAUGAUUCAAUGGCAUUUUCUAUCGAUGAAGAAUUGUAA